AUGUCUGAACUACUGCGCAUGCUUGCUGAUAGGCACUUCAUGGUAUACAUGUCUGAGCCCAUGGAAGGUAACUGGCUUGGCCCAAAGCCAGCAGACCAAGAUGCGUACCCUCUUGAAGUCCUCACCCCUCCCCAAUUUAACCCAUCUACAAUGCAGGCCCCUCCCACUACCUACUGCGCCAUUCUUCCGAUGGACGCCCAUCAUCUACUCGGCCGCUCCUACAUACCCUCACGUAAAUUCCUCCAGACGCAUCCCAAAUUCGAAGAGACACAGAUGUGGGUCGGCGUGGACAUUGAUCUAUUGUAUGCGGAGCCGCGUUCACGGGAUGAGUUCCUCGCCGCUGUGUAUGAAGCAUUCCAUGAUCAGCAGUUCUAUAUGGCCGAUAACCCCGUCGAAUCACCUUGUGUGGAUCGAGGUUUUUGGAUGGAGAUUCGGGGCUACUUCCCUGGUCCUGAUUUUGACUCUGUGGUAGAGGCUGCGAAGAGGCAUGUCACUCUUCUGGACCAGCUUAUUUCAGCUGGAUAUAUCACCCUGGGAUUUAUGCCCCAAGAGUCUGUGCAAGUUCAAGUUUGA